GUUCUCUUUUUCUGUCUCAUUCGCAAGAUGGCGGAGGCUGCAAACUGCAUCAUGGAGAAUUUUGUAACCACGCUGGCUAAUGGGAUGAGCCUGCAGACUCCGCUAGAAGAUGUAACUCCCCGCUCCUGGGGACAUUCAGGGGGUAGAGCAGCUCAGGAGGUCUCGUGCACCCAGCCAGAAAGCAGCAAACCAACAGCAGAAGAGAUGACUUCAAAGGAUUACUACUUUGAUUCCUACGCUCAUUUUGGGAUCCAUGAGGAAAUGCUGAAAGAUGAGGUCCGCACACUGACCUACAGAAAUUCCAUGUUUCACAAUCGGCACCUCUUUAAGGACAAAAUAGUCCUGGAUGUUGGCAGUGGCACAGGAAUACUUUGCAUGUUUGCAGCCAAGGCUGGUGCCAAGCGGGUCAUUGGGAUCGAAUGCUCCAGUAUCUCUGAUUAUGCUGUUAAAAUUGUCAAAGCCAACAAACUUGACCAUGUGGUGUCCAUCAUCAAGGGCAAAGUGGAGGAAGUGGAGUUGCCUGUGGAAAAAGUGGACAUCAUUAUCAGUGAGUGGAUGGGCUAUUGUCUCUUCUAUGAGUCAAUGCUCAAUACUGUCAUCUAUGCCCGGGAUAAGUGGUUGACCCCAGAUGGACUUAUUUUUCCAGACCGUGCUACGCUGUACAUCACUGCUAUUGAAGAUCGGCAGUACAAAGAUUACAAGAUCCACUGGUGGGAGAAUGUAUAUGGAUUUGACAUGUCAUGCAUCAAAGACGUGGCAAUCAAAGAGCCUUUGGUGGACGUUGUUGACCCAAAGCAGUUGGUCACUAAUGCCUGUCUCAUCAAGGAGGUAGACAUCUACACAGUGAAGGUGGAGGAUCUCACCUUCACAUCCCCCUUCUGUCUCCAAGUGAAGCGCAAUGACUACAUCCAUGCCUUGGUCGCCUAUUUCAACAUAGAGUUUACCCGAUGCCACAAACGAACUGGAUUCUCUACCAGUCCUGAAUCUCCCUACACCCACUGGAAACAGACAGUCUUUUACAUGGAAGACUAUCUAACAGUGAAGACAGGAGAGGAGAUAUUUGGCACCAUCGGCAUGAAGCCCAACGCCAAGAACAAUCGAGAUCUGGACUUCACCAUUGAUUUGGACUUCAAGGGGCAGUUGUGUGAGCUGUCGUGUUCGACGGAUUACCGGAUGCGUUAGCCCCUUUGUUCCCGCAGAUUUUUUUUCUCCUCCUUCAACAAACCUUGCACCCAGAGCAAAUCCUCUCUGUCAUCCUAUUCCGUUGACGUAUCAUUAAUUCAUUUCAUUGUGUAGUUCCCUAUAGCUGCACUCUGGGCCAGCAAGGAGAGGGUCAGUAUUAGAGGCAAGGGGGAAAUUACCAAGAUUCUCUCCCCCCCCCCCCCAAAUCCCAUUGCCCCUUGUUUUCAAAAGGCUUCCCUUUCCCCAGCUACCAGGAACUGAGGCUGUUAGCACAAUUGAAGACAUGCACGUGGUUUGUCCGUCCGUUUGUUCUGAGGCUUGAGUGCCAACAGCAGGCUUCCAUCAUGGAUUUUUAUUUUUGUUAAAUCAUUGUUGGUCUUCUCUGCCAAACUGUGUUGCCUAAAAAAUUUCUCCCUCCCGGCCCGUUUUUUUCAGUGUAAUACUGUUCCUUGUCACCACCUCUAGUGCAAAUGUUGCUUGAUUUUCGGGGGUACAUACAUCAAUUUGGCGUCCAGUCAGCAGGAUGGGCAUCCCAACAGGUUUUUUUUAAAUCAAGAGGGCACGUGGAGGUAUGGGUGAAAAAGGCAUCUCCAUUUUGUGGGUGUUGUUUUUUCACUGACGGUUUUGUACUUUUCCCUCUUAAAUUUCCUGUUCAGAUCUGUGGAGGGUGAUGGUGUUUUUUUUAAUCCCUUGCCCUUGGAAAGCUGACAUAGUGUGACUUUCAUAACUUAUGGUUUUUAUAUGGUUACAUUCAUGAGGAAAAAAAAUAAAGAAGUUGAAACCA